GAGUCGGAGCUGCAGCGUCACUACAACCUGCCGGGAAUUUAAACUUUGAUUCAGCGUGAGCAGCGUGAGCUGACACACGAGCGCUGUCGUUUCAGUUACCUGCCAGGACAUGUGACCGUCGGGGGGGCUGAGAGUCGGAGCCGCGCGCGUUGCAGGUGCAAACUUUCCAAGUCAAGUUUGUUUGAACCAGACUGAGCAGUCAUGGGGGAGUCUCGGAUCAUCGUGGAGGAGCUGCUGGCUCUUUGUCUUCAGAGGAUCAACUUGGAGGAGAACACUCUCAACACUGAACUCGAGUUUGUUGAAGUGGUGAGAAACUUUGAGGCGGUCAGGAAGAGAUGGAUGCACGCUGAGCUGGAGCUAAAGAAGUACAAAGAGCUGCUGGUGAAGUCUGAUGUGGCCAAAGCUGCUCUGGAGGUCAAACUGAAACACGCUCGAAACCAGCUGGAUGUGGAGAUGAAGAAACGUUACAAGAUCGAAGCCGACUACCAGUACCUGCAGAGGCAGAUGCAGCUCAUGUGUGACAUCCUGGUCCAUGACAGUAAAUCUAGCGCCUGUCUGAACGACGAACAGAAAUCUCUUUUAGCUACGUUUGAGCACAAAGGAGGAAAUGUGACUCUGCACAGGAGCAGCAAACGGCUGUCUGUGAUUGAUGAGUCAUCUUUCCUGUCUCACUCUGAUAUCAGCUACGAUCGGACAGAUGAUGACAUGGAUCUGGACACAACUGUGAUUAAACCUCUGAGAUCUCGAGCCAGAGAGAAGAGGCGCUCAUCGAUGGGACCAGGUGUUGGCAUUCCGGUUGUGAAGCGAGGGAGAGGCAAUAAUGUGUCUGCAGAGCUGCUCGAGAGAAAAACUGUGGAGAAGGAGGUUGAGACGAUAGUUAAGGCGUCAGUGAUGACUCCUGAGACUGGAAGUCAGAUCCGCAUGGUGGUGGGAAUCAGACAGGAGACCCCCGAAAACCCAGUCCGGACCUUCACCCAGGAGUGUGCUGUUUCAGUGGGAGGAGGAGGAGGAGACCAAACCUCAGUGUGGUUUCCCUCUGAAGAGCCGGUGGCCGAGCCAGAAACUGAAGCUAAGAUAGAGCAGAGUGCUGCAGUCAGAGCAGCUCACCCCUGCAAAGCCGAGAAAACCCAGAAACAUGUUUUUCUUUCUAAAACGGUGAUCCGGCCGGAGACGUGCUUACCAUGUGGUAAGAGGAUCCGUUUUGGGAAGAUGGCAGUGAAGUGCAGAAACUGUCGCAUGGUCGCUCAUCCAGAGUGCAAACAGAAAGCCAUGAACAGCUGCUCGGCCACCACGGCAGGAAGUACAGCUCAGAUGGACUCGUUGGAGGGUUUUGCUCCAUUGACUCAUCCCAGAGUGCCUAAACUGAUCAUGGAGUGUGUGACUGAGAUCGAGAGGAGGGGGCUGGAGGAGAGAGGACUGUACAGAGUUCCUGGAGGAGAGCGUCUGGUGAAGGAGCUCAGAGAUCGAUUCAUUCAGGGGAAAACUCAGCUCAUGCUCAGUAAAGUCCACGACGUCCACGUGCUGUGUGGACUUCUGAAAGACUUUCUGAGGAAACUGAAGGAGCCUCUGCUCACCUUCAGACUGCACAGGACCUUCAUGGAGGCUUCAGAGCUGACUGAUGAAGACAACAGCUCAGCCAUCAUUUAUCAAGCCAUAGCAGAGUUGCCAAAGGCCAACAGAGACACUCUGGCUUUCCUCAUGCUUCACUUACACAAAGUGAUGAAGAGCCCCCAGUGCCAGAUGGACCAGAAUAAUUUGGCCCGGGUGUUUGGACCAACUAUAGUAGGUCAUGGGAUGUCUGAGCCGUCUCCAACAACCAUCAUGAGAGACACAAAUACUCAGCCAAAGGUUAUUUGUCGGCUGCUGUCCCUCCCUGAAGACUACUGGAGACGUGUCCUCACUCUCCAUACAGAUCAAAUCUCGUCCUCGUCCUCCACCAAUAAGACCAACAUCCAGGAAGAUGGACAUGGUAGGUUGUUUCAGCCACUGACUUCUCCAGAGCUGAACAGUUAUUACAAAACUCCCAGCAGAGGAUCUCUGAGAGGCAGGAUCAGGAACCUGGGCAGCGCUUUCACCAACACUGGUCGAGUUGAGCCGGGGAGAAGGUUCUUCACAUCCCCCAGCUGACCCAAUCACCUCCUCUCAAACCCGACUGCGCCCUAAUCCUAUGUAAAGAAACAACACCUGACACUGGAUGUCAAACUCUGACUUUGGAGGAAAAUUAAACUUCCCUUCUCCAGUGUGAAAACCUGCUGACAGUGGGACAUGCUUCAUGUUUCUGUGUUUUUGACUCUUCACUGAGGAAUAUAAGUGGUACAGGGAUUGGUUUUUGGGAUCCUGUCAACACACCCUUCAUACCCUUGGUAGUGUUUUGUGUAUAAAUGUUUUGUAUUGAGGCUCAUUGGAACAGAUGAAUUUAGGAUUUCAGAGUUAGCAAAACCCUUUAAUGAUGUCACUAAAGAAACUGGUCAAACUGGUCGGUCAUGAUACUUACAGACAGUCAAACAAAAGUUUCCUGAAGCUGUUGGCUGCUAUAACAAAUGAAAUGUAGAUUUUAACCUAUUAACGAGAAGUAGAAUCUGUGUGUGUCUGUGUUGAUGACCUGGUAUUAUACGUUUCUGGGUUUGGAUUUUACUAAAGUACCUUAAACUCUGAAAAAUUAAAACACCUUCAUGUUCUGUAUGUAAGAAACUUAAAAUAAAGUAAAAUAUUAAAUUUGCA